GCUGUGUCAGUUGUCAGCAGUCUACAAUUAAUUCUUCCUAAAAAUUUUCCUUGAAUGCAAGGUAAAUGGUGCUAUAAAUUGUAUCUAAUAAAUAAUCUAAUAGAAUACUUCGAUUAACAUGUCUGGUUCAGGACACAAGCACCGAUAUAAGAAUACUGCUUUAGAUAGUGUGGAACUACGAAGACGAAGAGAAGAGGAAGGUGUACAGCUGCGAAAAGCAAAACGGGAUCAGCAGCUAAACAAACGACGUAAUGUUAAUGUUAACCAGUUACUACCCGAAGAUGAUCCGCUGCAAUUGGAAGGAGAUAUUUCAUCUCCUGUGACUCCAGGGGUAACACAGGACAUGGUUCAAGAUUUGUACAGCAGCAAUCCUGAACUACAGUUGGCAGCAACACAGAAAUUUAGAAAAUUACUUAGUCGAGAACCUAAUCCACCUAUAGAUGAAGUGAUACAGACAGGAAUUGUGCCACGUUUUGUGGAAUUUUUACAAAACACUGUCAACUGUACACUACAGUUUGAAGCUGCAUGGGCCCUCACAAACAUAGCGUCUGGUACUUCUCAACAAACUAGGAUGGUUAUCGAUGCAGGAGCUGUACCCAUAUUUGUGGCACUUUUAGGUAGCACUUAUGAAGAUGUUCAGGAACAAGCUGUUUGGGCACUCGGAAAUAUAGCUGGUGAUUCUCCAGAAUGUCGAGACCAUGUUUUAGAUUCUGGGAUAUUGGUUCCUCUCUUACAAUUACUUAGUAAAUCUACUCGUUUGACAAUGACAAGAAACGCUGUAUGGGCUCUUUCAAAUUUGUGCAGGGGUAAAAACCCACCACCCGAUUUCACGAAGGUUGCUCCAUGUCUGCCGAUACUUGCUAGACUUUUGUUCCACACUGAUCCUGAUGUUUUAUCAGACACUUGUUGGUCUCUCAGCUAUUUGUCCGAUGGACCUAAUGAAAAAAUUCAGGCCGUAGUAGAUGCUGGCGUAUGUAGAAGAUUAGUGGAGCUCUUGAUGGCACAACCUCCCAAUGUUGUUUCCGCCGCUCUAAGGGCAGUUGGUAAUAUUGUUACUGGCGAUGAUGUUCAAACCCAGGUCGUACUGAACUGUUCCGCUCUACCCUGUCUCCAUCAUUUACUGUCGUCUCAAAAGGAAUCAGUUAGGAAAGAAGCUUGUUGGACCAUCAGUAAUAUCACUGCCGGAAACCGUCAACAAAUACAGGCUGUGAUCGAAGCAAAUAUCUUUCCGGUUCUGAUCGAAAUUCUAAGCAAGGCUGAGUUCAAGACUCGUAAAGAAGCAGCCUGGGCAAUUACGAAUGCGACAAGUGGCGGUACGCCUGAUCAAAUCCGCUAUCUAGUGAGCCAAAAUUGCAUUGGGCCGUUAUGCGAUUUACUCACUGUUAUGGAUGCCAAGAUUGUUCAUGUGGCACUCAAUGGCUUGGAAAAUAUUUUGCGAUUGGGGGAACAGGAUGCCAAAGCACAAAAUGGUACAAAUCCUUAUGCUGUGCUCAUUGAAGAAUGUUAUGGCCUAGAUAAAAUAGAAUUCUUGCAGUCCCACGAGAAUAUGGAGAUAUAUCAAAAAGCAUUUGAUAUAAUAGAACACUUUUUCGGAACCGAGGAAGAGGACGCCACCGUCGCCCCAACAAUAGAUGCCGAUCAUCAACAAUAUCAGUUCAGUGCGGAUCAGUCAGUACCAAUGGGAGGUUUUCAAUUUUAAACAUUUAAGACAGAUUGAGAAAAGUGCCCAUAGUGACGGUGAUAACGACGAGACAUUUGGAAAACUUUUUAAAUCAUUUUAAAGGAACUCAUUUUCUUUAAACAAUACAGGGUGAUGAGAAGAGAGAUGAUUUUGUUAGUGUUUCAGUUUUUUCAUUCUCAAUCUUCUGUCUAUAUAUUUGUUUUAACAAGUAGGAUCACAAACUUCACUGACAACUUGACUUUUUUUAGAGUUAAUUAGUUUAAUAGUUCUUACAAUAUAUUUAUCAGUUGAACUGUCCUUAAUAUGUUGAAUAGAUUAUGAUUAUUCAGUAAUAUCUGAGCUAAGAGAAUUUUAGUUCUUGUUGUCACCCUGUUUACUAAAAUAACUUUUUUUUUGAAACUAGUGUACAGAAUCUUAUACAUGUGUACUCCUGUCUCCAAUAAUUUUGUUUUAUACAUGUUCAAUUGUGCAAUGCUUAUUGUAAAUUUUUAACAAUGUUAGAAAGGAAUAUUUUUUGCCAGAUAUAAAAUAGAAUUGAAUGGUUCCAAAAAAAGUAGUUUUUCUAAAAAUAAUUGGUGAAUAUGAAGUCACGUUUAUUUUACUAAUAAAUUUAUUUUUAAAUACUGCUGUUGAUACUUUUUGAUUGCAUAUGAGAGUAGACCUAAAGUAUUUUUCUAGUUUGUAGGCUACACACUUUACCCACUUCUUUAUAAUGAAAUAGUAUUAUAAUAAAAACAAACCUUUUAUAAUAUUGAAUUUAAAAAAAAAUAUGAUAUAUGUGAGAGCAAGAAAAUGUAGAAAAAAUAAUGAUGUUGACCUAUCUUCAAAAACUAAUUACAUAAAUAUUCAAUAGGCUUUUGAUUAUUACAAGUUCAUAGAGCUGUGCUUUGGAUUUGUUAUUACUCUUAUUGUCAAAUUUAGUUCUAACGAAAUUCUUGAAGCCAGUGGUCAUACAACUUCAAGUCUAAAAAUUGUUGGAUAAUAGAAUGGAAAAUGAAUCACUUCUGAAACUUCAACAAAAAACCUUAAUAUUAUUGACACAGAUUUAAAAAAUCUAAUUUUAUCCAAGAAAUACUUGAAAAAAAUUUAGUUGAGCCAAUGUGGGCCCACCAUAACACAAGCAGAUUUUAACUGCUAUCGAAAAGUGUCCCAUUCUGACUGUCAUGUGGAAAAAGCUAUUUCAAAAUGAAUAGUGCCAAACAACAGGUUUUUUUAUGCUGAGUGAAGUUAAUCUAAGUAGCUAUUGAUUGAAAAGGUUAAGUAAAAAUAUUCAUAAACUGGUAUCUGUUGAUUGUUAUUAAUUGCCUUAGCUUUAUCCAUAGCUUUUUUUUGUCGUGUAAUAAGAUUUGUAUACAUGUAUAAAAUUCAAGAGUUUAUUGUUCAUAUAGUUUGUAUUAUAUUAAACUAGCUUUAAAUAAAUUUUGUUCCUUUCAUAUCUCUUUCUGGUUAUUUUUAGGAUUCACUUAGAUACCUUUUAUUAUUCAGUGAAGUUGUGGGCUCCUGCAUAUGCUGCUUAUUGAAAAUUGCAAAACUAUUGAAUAAUGUCUUAUCACAUCAAAUUAUGCUCAUGUAUAACUAAAAUUUAAAAAAAGGUAUAAUAAAAUUAUAUAAAAUUUGAACAGGAA